AUGGCGAGUGUGCCCACGGAUGACUUAUCAAAAGGCCAGUAUACAGAACAGUCGAAAACUCGACCAUGUGUCCCCACAUCUGAUUGUGCGGCUAACAAUGCAGUUGACAGAAAUGUUGGCUCAUGUGUGCGGACAGAGGCAUUUGGUAUUAACUCCCAGGAUAAGACAAUGUGGUGGUUUGUGAACCUUGGCAAUAUCUACAGCAUAUACAGCGUCAGAAUACUGUUUAAAGACUACGGGCCAGAAUACGAGGCGAGACAACGAGGACGUGUUGCAGGAUUUUCCAUAUAUCUGUCUAAGCCUUCAAACAAGAGAGAUGAGUUGCUGUGUUAUAAGGAUGAACCACCAGGGCUGCCACCGUUAGACUUUAACACAACCUGUAUUGGAUACAGUCAAUACCUCAUGUUUUACAACGAGAGGUUGGGUGGAGUUACUUAUGAUGGAUACGAAAAUCCAACUUUUACUGAAUUAUGUGAAGUAAUUGUGAAAGGUUCAAAACUGUCUUCUUUAAUUUUCUUACGAUAAAUGCUGUAGCCAUGACGAUUUCCAGAUAUUUAUUUAACCAUGACAAUUACCCCGAUAUCAUGCAUAUCUAAUCGGUGUAAUAAAAGUACAAGU